CCUACCUUCCUCUCCCACCACAAUUCAAACUCCCCCUGAGAAAAAUUCCCGAUGGAAGAAGCCCUAUCAUCACCGACCGGCGGAGCUUCGUCCCUCACCGAACUCACCCGUUCGUCGUCGGCGGAGAGCUUUUCUCCUCUCCCGGCGGCGAUGAAGCCCGAACCCUCGGCGACGGCGGUGGAGCUGCCCAAGGACGAAUGCGGGGAGCUGGAGGAUGUCAACUUCGUGGAUCACGAAUACUUCGACUCGUUCCCGCCGGGAUACCGGUUCAACCCUUACGACGACGAGCUCGUCGAGCACUACCUGGCCAGGAAGGUGCUGGGCCAGCCCGUCCCGAUGAACAAGAUCGUCGAGGUCAAUCUCUACAAGUACAACCCCGAGGAACUCGCCGAGAAGUACAGGAAUUGCGGGGAGAACGAGUGGUACUUCUUCACGCCGAGGGACAGGAAGUACAAGCACGGGAAGCGGCCCAACAGGGCCGCCGGGGACGGGUACUGGAAGGCGACCGGAGCGGACAAGCCGGUGAGGAAGGCGAACGGGGCGAAAGUCGGGUACAAGAAGGCGCUGGUUUUCUACAGAGGGAAGCCGCCGAGAGGGAUCAAGACCAACUGGAUCAUGCACGAGUAUCGCGUCGAGGAGCACCCUGCGCCGCGUCCUCGAGUUGACAAUGGCGCCGAUGAUAUGAGGCUGGAUGAUUACGUGUUGUGCAGGAUUUACAAGAAGGUCGGCAAUGGCAGCCUCAGGCGAACUCCUCGACAGAGGGAACUAGAUUUGGGAGGCAACUUCUCCCCUGACCAUGUUGAUGCUGCUGAUCAUGAUGAUGAACCUCAGGAUGCUACUACAAUCACUGGCCAGACUGUCAUUGAUUCCAUGGCUGUAGAUAAUAACAGAGCUCUUCAUCACCCUCACUAUUCCCACCAUCUCCAUGGAGAGGAGGAAGGUAAUUUGUCAACGGUAGCAACUCACUAUGCUAACCAGAUGCAGAUGGAGAUGCAAUUUGGUCACUUCGGGGGAAUUUGUUAUCCCUCGCAACAAACAUUUACCGACGAUGAUUUGUGCCUAAGCGAAGACUUCUGGGGACCAUCCCACCCGCAGUUUGGCUACGAUCACCAUGAUCGUGUUGUCGUCGAUGGCCAUUUGGCUAGCUAUCGACAACAACAACAACAACACCAUGGUGCUGGUGGUACUCUUGCAAUGACAACAUGGGACAGCUCUGCUCCCGGCCUAACCCUUGAUGCCUGUGAUACCAAGCCAAGAUCUACCUAUAUGUAA